AUGAUGUCGCAGUUCGCCGGCGACAAUCAAGGCUCAGCGUUUGGUGAUUACGAUCAAGUACUGGAAACUAUUAACACCGCGCUUGCGAACAACCACUUCUAUGAUGCCAUUAUGUUGGUAACGUUCUUUGACGUGUUACGAGCCAAUGAAUACAAUGAGACCGCUACUAUCGAGGAUUUAAACUUCAUGCCGGCUGGUGAAUGGCAGUCGAUCACUGAGGACUACUUUAGCUCCUGGAAUCAUACGAAUGUGAUGUCUGACGUGCCUCCAUCGGUAGCAUUUGCCACGCAGGCAAUUAUUAGAGGGAUGGUUGAAGAAACACGGCUGCGGGUGGGUUAA